AUGGAGGACUUCAAAUUCUACCACCACGUCCUCACCACAGCGCUCCCGAGUCUUCCAUUCGGAGGGCAUCGCGUCUGGUGGCAAGUCGCCGCCACAGCGCACCAUCACGCGCAUCUAGGACACGCUCUGCUGGCUCUCGGUGCCUCGCACCUCUCGCAGCAUGGCGCGGGCGACUACACGGUUCAGGCUCUCUGCCACAGGCUCGACGCUAUAAGACUGCUGGCGGGCGCGCUGGACGCGGAGCCAAAGACGGCAGUCGACGCGGACGCCUUGUUCGCCGCAACGUACUGCCUCAUGUCGCAGUCGUGUCUGAUGCCGAGGGACGGCAUGGCCGAGUACAUGACCUUUAUGAGGGGGGCCAGCCUCGUCAUGACGACUAUACUGCCCGAAUUCCCGGAUUCCAUCUUUGCCGAGUUUGCAAGGCACGCCAUUGUCGCCUCGCUGGCUUUGGCGGCUCCGGAAGAGCCUGAAGAUGAUGAGACUAUCAUGAGCCGCGAGGAAUCUGUGAAAAGGUUGAAGCGUUUUUGGCAGAACAGCGCAGAAUGGGAGCACUAG